GUCGCGCGCGCGCGCGACGAGCGAGUGAGGGAACGAGGAGCGGCCGGGUGUGAGUGGAGGAGUGUGUGUGGGGGUGGGUGUGUGGGAGUGUGUGGGAGUGCGGGUGAGGGAGAGGCCGGCUGACCGGGAGGCUGAGAGAAAGUGGGCGAGUGUGCGAGGACGCUCGGCCUGGCCGCCGGAGCCGCGAUCGGCGGAGGAGAAAGGCGGCUCCCGGCAUCCCGACCCCCUCCCCCUCCUCCGACUCCAGCCGGCCCUGCGGCGCGCGCUGCCUCGGAGGCCCCAGCCAGGCCCCGCCGGCCGAGAGCGAGGGAGGAGCCGCCCGAGCCAGGUGCUGGAGACUCCUUGUCAGGGAGGGGGGCAGUCUGUGAUUCUGAGAAAACAGCCAAGAAGGGAAACAGCAAAUUCAGUCACAUACAAUUCUCCACUCAGUCAAGAGCCACUUUUUUCUUCCGCCUUUCUCCCUACAGGGGGGUAAGGAGUUGAGUAUGUAACCUUUAACCCAUUGGCUACCAGCUAAAAUUCCACUUAGUUUUUAGUGUAUAGCUUUUUUAUUUUUCCCAUGUUUCCUUAGAGUCCCUAAUGAAUAUACUCAUGCCAGUAGUAGCAUGAGUACUAGGAGUGGAGGAGAGAGUGACAAUAAAUUAUAUCUUAUUUUCCCUUUUCUCUUCUCAUUCAGUCCCUUUUCCCUCUCCAGGGGGAAAUUACCAGCAAAAUCUUCUACCUCUUCUCAGCCAUAUAGUAAAGAAACACACUGAAGUGGACAUUCGUAUUUUCUCUGACCAAUGAACACAAACCAAAUCUCAGGCAUUGAUUUGUUGGGACACAUGGAGAAACAUUUUUUUCAACGUAUCUCCCAGUUCCCCUUUUCCCCAGUUUGUACCCACCUAGGAUUUGUUGCUGGGGUAAGUUACUACUAGGUUCAUUACCCAAAGCUCCCCUCUCUGAGCUGAGUGAUCAGUCAUGAACACUAGUAGGGGCUAGGGCAAGAGAUAGAGCAGUGCGAGUUGUUCCAUACUUUGGGAAGCAAGAGUAGCUUUUGUCAUCUUCCUCUGGGGAGCAGGCAUAGAGACUUAAACUGAGUGAAAAUGGGUGGAGGAAGAACUUCUAUACCCACGAGCAACAUGUGAAGAGUGAGAGAAAACCAAACAUAAAGUAAGGAGGAUAGACUUUACAUUUAAGAGGAAACCACACGAAAGAAGAACAAACAGAUCAAGAUGUGUAGCUCUGUGGCUGCCAAGUUGUGGUUUUUGACAGAUCGCCGCAUCAGGGAAGACUAUCCCCAAAAAGAGAUCUUACGAGCAUUGAAGGCCAAAUGUUGUGAGGAGGAACUGGACUUUAGGGCUGUGGUGAUGGAUGAGGUGGUGCUGACAAUAGAGCAAGGAAACCUGGGUCUACGGAUCAACGGAGAAUUAAUUACUGCCUACCCCCAAGUGGUGGUAGUGAGAGUACCAACCCCUUGGGUGCAAAGUGAUAGUGACAUCACUGUUUUGCGCCAUCUAGAGAAGAUGGGAUGCCGGUUGAUGAAUCGACCUCAAGCCAUCCUGAACUGUGUUAAUAAAUUCUGGACGUUUCAAGAGUUGGCUGGCCAUGGCGUUCCUCUGCCAGAUACUUUCUCGUAUGGUGAGAUCACUAAUGAGAAUAAGGUUCGGGUAGUAGAUACUAGCUUACCCACAAUUUUACUUUUUUUUUCAAUCACAGGCAAAGCUGUUUUCUUAGCCCGAGAUAAGCACCAUUUGGCUGAUCUAAGCCACCUUAUUCGCCACGAAGCUCCUUACCUGUUCCAGAAGUAUGUUAAAGAGUCUCAUGGACGGGACGUACGUGUCAUUGUUGUGGGAGGCCGUGUGGUUGGCACCAUGUUACGUUGUUCAACAGAUGGGAGGAUGCAAAGCAACUGCUCACUAGGUGGUGUGGGGAUGAUGUGCUCCUUGAGUGAACAAGGAAAGCAGCUAGCUAUCCAGGUGUCUAAUAUCCUGGGGAUGGAUGUGUGUGGCAUUGACCUAUUGAUGAAAGAUGACGGCUCCUUCUGUGUCUGCGAGGCCAAUGCAAAUGUAGGUUUCAUCGCCUUUGAUAAGGCUUGUAAUCUAGAUGUAGCUGGUAUCAUAGCGGACUAUGCCGCCUCCCUUCUGCCCUCUGGCCGGCUCACCCGGCGUAUGUCCCUGCUCUCCGUGGUGUCCACAGCCAGUGAGACUAGUGAGCCAGAGCUGGGUCCCCCAGCCAGCACUGCUGUCGACAACAUGAGCGCAAGUUCCAGCUCUGUCGACAGUGACCCUGAAAGCACCGAGCGAGAGCUGCUCACCAAGCUCCCAGGGGGCCUGUUCAACAUGAACCAGCUGCUAGCCAAUGAGAUCAAACUCCUGGUGGAAUGAUUCCACCGGUAAUUAACCAACAAACUCUGUAAAACUUUCUUACUUUAGUUUUCUUUUCUUUCUUCUUUUUUUUUUUUUUUUUUUUUAACCAACUUGCAAUGCUGUUCAUGGAGGAUGCUCAGGAAGAUGAAUUAGUAGGAUUAGUUGGAGAGAAGGAGAAGAUAGAUGAGAUCUUUGCUAGUAAGAUGUUGCUUUCAUUUAUAAAGCCUACAGAUAGAGAGGCAGAAGAGGGUGGGAUAUAGAAAAUGUCAGGCUCUCAUAGUUCCCUUUUAAAGUACUAAAAAGUUUCUAUGCUCUCAGGCCAUGAGCAACAUAAAAAUGUUUCGUGGUCUCUCACUUUUGUUUUUGUACAAAAAAAAAUUGUUAUGAUACAAAUAGUCCAAGUAGCAUAACUUCAUAUUGUAUUGCAAGAUUUGUAAGGGGUGAGGAAAUCGUCUGCUUAAAUCAUACAAAUACAUAUACAAAUCUAAAAAUUCUGACAUUUCCCUAUUAACUAGCAGCUUUAGUUUGUGGUUUAUGAAAUCUCAAGAGGCUCUUUUAUUGGGAAUCUGAAUUUUGUGUUUUGUCAUCCCUUUUCCUUUAAUUUGGGUGGGGGUACAAAGAAUAUAAUCCAAUAAAAGCCUUUUAAUGACAAAAUUAGCAUGCUUGCAUGAUGAAAGGCAAAUGAACAGUAUUGCAAUGUCUGGUAUACAAAAUAACAUUUACUCAAUGUAGAUAAAAUUACACGAGUUUAAAAUAUGUGCAUUGACUUGUAUUUGUUAGUAUUUAGUCUUUUUUGAAAGAUAUGCUCUGUUAAUGUUGCUUUUUUUUUUUUUUUAAAUACAUGCUAGUCUAACAUUCCCUGCUCUAUGCCUGCAUCUUUAACAAUGGCCAAAGUGAAGAAAAUGCUACCCUUUUUUGUUAACACGACACUGACUUGAAACAUGUACAUUUAAAGCCUUUUAUUUUUUCCUUUUUUCUUUUGGUAGUUGGGCAUUUAAAGAAUAAGAACAAGGAAAAAUAUUUUUGGGGGUCAGAUCAAGGGCCUAAAAGUUCUUCAGUAUAAAGCUGGAGUGAUUUCUAAUGCCAGCAUUAUAUAUUUGCAUUUUUCACAUUUUAUGAGGGAGUAUAUAUAUGUGUGCACGUGUGCAUGUGUAUGUGUUUUGCUUUUUGUUUACAUCAACUAAUCAAAAAGGAUAGAUUCUAGAAAAUGGAACAUGAUGGGAAACACAGUUUUUGACUUUAAAAAGCAGAUGUUGUUGUGUCAUAACUAGACUCCACUGGGGUAGAGAUACUCACCUAAAGACAUAAGGUGAAUAGAUUCUUCUUAGGCCUUUUAGUGCAUAUGUAUGUUGUUUGGUUUUUUCCUUUGUUUCUAGACUGUUCAGUGUAUGGUUUAUUCAAGGCUACAUGCUUUUCUUUAAUGCUUUGGCUAUGCAUUUUCUUUUUUUACACAUAGGAUUUGGGAUGGGGUGGGCUGGAUAUUUUUGUCUGGGGACUUAUUUAGCAGUAUUGAGUCUCUGGUAGCCCUACUCUAAGCCUUCAAUACUGUCCACUCUUUAUAUUCCUUUACUUCCUGAAUUUAUAAUAGCCCCCAAACUGCAUAUAAUAUGAGCCUUUACAACAUGGGUAAAACUAUCCCAGUGAUGGGUUUGGAUUGUAUGUUAAGAAAUGGAGAUGCUGCAGAGCUCAACAUAAUUUUUUAAACAGCAAGUUCCAUCUCCCUACAAAUCCUCUGAAGCUUUUACCCCAGCUCUUUCUUGCCUCUCCAGUGCUAUUUUCCUUCACAUGGACCUUAAAGAUAAUUACUUGGACACUACUAGAGAGACUUCGAGGCAAUAAUAAAAAAUCAGUAUUAACCAGCUCUAACAGAGGUUUGAUCAUGCUUACUUGUACAGUUUUUCCCCGUUUUAAAAAGGAAUGUAAUAAAAUUUGUUUUUUUUUCCAUAGAAUUAAAUAAUAUUAAAAUUGAGUGAAAGGUUGAUUGUUGACCAAUAGAAUAGUACCUCUCAUCUGUGCAGUGUCUUAUUUUACCUCAGAGGAAAAGAUACGUAAGAGGAGUUUCUAAUUUAUCUUAGGAUAUUCUAAUUGCAUAUAAAAGGAUUUGACUUGCACAGGGGAACUGGGGGACUCACAUUACAUAUAUUAGUACCUCUGACUCAUUAACAGAAAGAAAUACUUGGUACUUCUUUCACUGAAUGACUAUACUUUGGAGGAUGCAUACUAUUUGGAUUAGAGAAAUAAAUGAGCAAGAAAGAACUGCUUAAUUAAACCAUCAUUCAUAUGUUCAUAUAGAAACCAUAUGGUUGCCACAUAUAUUAUGAUACAUAUACUUCGAAUAGCUAUAUGUCACGUGUGUAAAUUAAUGCAUUUAAAAACACAAAUAGAACAACCUCUUUAUUUGAUGAAAAGCCCAAGCUGGUGUUGGUGGAGUAAGGGACCAGAAAAAAUGUAGCUAGCUUUUCUUUUUUUAAACUUAUAUCAAACUAACCAACUAUAUUAUAAGAAAUUAGUUCACCUGUAGUUUUACUCAUUAUCUAUCUUUUGUGCAUUCACACUAUAUUAAAACAUAGCUUUAGCAACCUAUUUCUGGAUUGUAGAAUUACAUGUUAGAAUGAAAAGGGCAGGAAUGGUCAUCCUAGAUUUAAAAACAUGGGUAUCUCCUUGACUUCCCAAAAAAUCAAGAUAAAGAAUAAGAAUAAAUCAUUCUGGAAGAACCCAAAGGAAAUAUCAGAUAUUUAAAUGAAAGUUAGAUUUAUUUUCAUAAUUGUUUAAUAACAUUUGUAUAAUCUUCAUUGCUAUUACGAGAGGUAAAAAUGUAUUUAUCAAAUAUGUAUAAUCAUUAUCGUGGCAAAAUCUGAACUGUAAAAUUUUUGUAUAUUGUUAAAUUGUAAUUCUAAAUUGUACUUUAAAAAUAAUUAUUUCUGAUAUUGUUUUCUUGUCACCCAUGAUGAAAACGGGACUUUAUAUAUCUCUCUAAACAUAUAUAAGUAUGAACUAUUUAAAUUUUUAAUAGUUUUUUUUUUCCUUUUUUGGUGCCUAUAAUUGAUUGGUCAUUUCUGCUGACUUUUCUCCAAUGAACUUUGAAAUCUUUCUGUAUAUGCUAUCAAUAAGAAAACUACCCUGGAACGUUAGAAAAACCCAACAAGAGACUUGCUCUCAUCAAGCACGUUAUCAGACUUUGAGAAGAUAUCGAAGGCAUUGACUUUCAAAAUCAUCUCUUUUUAUCAAGAAGAAAGCAGUGGAAAAACAAAUUCUCUUCAUUCAGUGAAUCUCCAAUUUGGGGGAUAGGGGGGGCUUAGAGACAUUGUGAAGUCGAAUUUUGUGUUAUAUUUUUCUCCUGGCUCACUUUUUUUGAGAAGGUUUAUGGGCUAUUUGGCUGGUGAGACACGAUCCCCUCCUAAGAAAAUGUAGGUGCUCAGACAGGUAACCUCUGCUGCUACUGUUUUUAUUUGUUUGUUUGUUUAAUUUCAUUUAAGAUUUGUUUUUGUUGUACUAGGAUUUUUAAAAAUGUAAUAUAUUGCAGGAUUUAUAACCAGGUUCACUGCUUUCUUUCUUUCUUUCCCUCCCCCUUAAAACAAAACAAAACAAAGUUUCAUUUAAAAUAGAUUUAGGCGCCUUUGAAGCUUGGAUUUUGGAAUGUUUCAGUAGUGGACAGAAAUCUGCUGUUGGAAUCUUCUAGUCUUCCAGGUUUAAUUUGAAAUGUUUUUAGUUUUGUUUUGGAUUUUUGUGUGGUAUUUUAUUUACUUUAUACCAAUGCCCUUUUGCCAUGCUGUUUUGGGGUGGCUGCCUAACUCUAGCAAAAAUUCUUUCUAUAUUAACGAAAGUUUGGCCUUUUAAAUUCCUUAAUGUUUUGCAUUUUUACUUUGUUUUUGAAGAAAUAUUCUAACUGCUUGCACUGUUACUGUUCUUUACCAGCCUUUUCAGGAGCCAAAAAAACAAAUACAAACAAACAAAAAAAUACCCAGAGAAAAAACUUUCCUUCUUCCCCCUUCCUGAUGAUGAGUGAGAAGUAUUGAGAACUUUCCGGGGUCAGUGCCCUUCUAAACUCCCCUUCCCCCAAUAAUGCAGCUGUAUAAUGAACGGUAAAUGCAGCGGUUUGGAUUCAGGCACAGCCCCAGCCUGCUCGCAGGUAAUUUGACUCUUUCUCCUUUCUUUCCAUCACUAGGCUAACUUUCUUUUUUAAAAAUUUCCUUUCCUUAUGUACUGCAAACAUAACAAUGGGUUUGUCAUAACUUUCAUUUAAAAAAAUAAUGCAUAAAUAUAUCUAGCAUGUAAUUUGAUUAAAGAAGAGCUUUUGGGGGUAAAGUUUGAAUUAGUUGGGAUGAACUCAGGAUUUUCUUGGGGUUUUGUUUAGCCAUUUAGAUAACUCCAUUUCUUGCAUAUAUGUCUAUAAUUAAGUAUUCAGAGUGUGACUUUUGGCUUUGUUUUUGUUUUGGGUUUGUUUGUUUCUUCCAUUGUGCUACUCUGGCUUAAGCUUUUUCAGGGGUUGGUGUUCCGAAUACACAGUGAGCUCACAGUAUAAAGACAUCAAUUAGGAGUUGACAGGUAUGGAAAACUAGAGUGUUGAAAAGGUAAAAUUAGGUCCUAGGUUAUACAUAUGGUAAAAACUCAUCCUUAGCAUUCAGUUGACAUUAGUGUUUCUCUUUCUGUGACAUCAUUGUAAGAGUGAAAGGGAAUAAUAAGACAUAGAUAACAAAGAAUUUUAGUUAUUUUAGGAGCAAUGUGAUUUCAGAACUAAUCAUUUUAGCAUUUCUGAGUUACUAAUUCUAACAUGAGCAGUUUGAGAUUAUCAUAAAAUUAUGGUUUGAACAAGGAAAAAGUACAGAUUUGAACAGAUAGGAGGGCAUUUCUGAAGCAUAAGAUAGCUAACCAGAUUAACCAAGGUUAUAAAACAAAGUUAAUGGGAGGAAUAGGAAUACAACUUGUCCCAUUUUAAUAGCCUUCCUGUAGUUAAUAAACUGUCUCUUCCUCUGUCUACCCCAGUCCACCUACUCUUUCCUCCUUUCUCCUAUCCUUAAAGUUUUAGCUCGUAUAUGAGUUUUUAUUAUUUUGGGAGCUGGUCCUCUUUCAAAUGGGUAGAAUUUUAGUGCAAGUAGCCAGGAUCUUUUCUAAGAUACAGUUCUUACUAAUUUUCUCCUGUGGCUUUAGAUACUCUAUCCGAAGAAGCUGUUAGUCCGGUAAAUCACUAGUUAGUGAAUAGGAAGUCCUGGCUUGUAAUGCUAUUUCUGCAGCCGAAGGAGGACAUGUAAUAACUCUUUAACCUAUUCUCUGUUUCAGUUGAUUUAUAUAAGGUAGGGACAGUCACUCCCAUAAGCAUCUUAAGAGAAAAAUAUUUGUCUGUUGAAUUGGAAUUCACUAACAAAGGAAUCCCAACAGCACUUCUGCAAGAAUUUAUGGUGUAAACUACAAAAGCCUUUCUGGAGAGCCUUGUUUUCUUGCUGAUAAGAAUGGCCAACAUUAGAAUGUAUGGACUAUGAAGGCAUGGAGAGUUUAACAACCUCCAACCUGUUGUCCCCAUUAAAUACCUCUGACUUGUUAAGAAUGAUUUUGGUAAUUUUAGAUUUUACCAUAUUCAAACUUACUAGGUGAGCCUUAUAUAGCAUAUAUACCUGGCUGCUAUUGUGGGAUUGGGAACGUGAGGGGUGGGGUGAAAUGUUGUUGUUUUAGGUUUCAGUCAGACAGACAUCCCUGUGCCCCAGUUCCCAGAAGCACAGCAGGCCUCUAGAAGCAUCCGUGGGAACGGCGCAGUCCUGACAUCACCAACUCUCCUGCUCAGGCUCAUCCCAUAUACAGAGGUCAAAGGGUGGGGUUUGAGAUUGGGGGAAGGAAUGAGAAAGUAGAAACAAUGUCACUGCAGUGCCACUGUUGACUAGCCUUUGGUGCUUAUGCCAGUGUUUGUUUUAUUUCCUGAUUUUUUCAAAGUUGGCAAAACUGUACAUGUUUUUUUAUCUUGGGGUGAAGGUAGUGGGAGGGUGGAACAAAAAUAAGCCAUUAUUGUUAUUCCUAGUUCAUUAGUGGAUACUGUCCCUUAAUAGCUAAUAUAGAAUAAAUUUGAAACAUAGACCCCAGUGACAGAAUGGGAAUAGAAAUGGAUUUCAGUAUUUUAACAAAUAAAACAUUUAUGCUGUGUUAAUUCCCAUUUCUACAAGUGCUAUUACAUUUGUCACCCUAUCUCCCUUUUUCCCCCUAAUUCUUUGUAUGUAUACCGUUUGAGGAAAUGUGCGUUCAUGGACAGUCCUUUUUAAAGGGCUUAAUGGAUUUAUUACUCUUUUGCAAAAAUAUACCCAGUGCUUAUAUGGGCAUACAAAUGCUACCCUAUUUUAAAUGUAGGUGGCGUAUGUGUUCGUGUUUUAAUGUAUACAGAGACAUUGGGCAAUAAGCAGUCCAGAACAUUGAAAACUCAAGCAGGUAAAGCACCUAACACCCUUAGUUUCUAGAAUUACUUUUAAAAAAACCUCUUUUAUAUCGCCACAUCUUCCACAGUUCCUUGGGUAGUCUCUGAACUUAAAAUUUGUAGGAGUUGUAGACUACCUAGUUAAAAAUUUUAAGUUAUGUUAUUUAUUCGUAGAUUGUAGGGGUAGGUGAAGCAGGAAACUCUAACAAAAGAAAAUGGCUCCUUGCUCCUUGAGAUGGCAACUGCUGAGUGUCUAAAUCUUUCCACUUUCUUUCUUUUUUCUUUUUCUUUUAUAAUUUUCCCAGCUUAGCAUGAAUCAUACAUUGUUUGAUUUUCUGUGAUUGGGAUUUUUGUUUCUGAUUUUUGGAGGGAAGGUCUGGGGGAAACAUGAGAAAGUUGCACAUGUGAAAAUAUGAAAUAUUAAAGGAAUCAUUCCUCUUUAAUCUGAAUACUAAGCAAGAACUUUUUCUAUAUGCCCUUCUGCUGCAGCAGAGAAUUAAACUGGUAGGUGGCAGUAGAGGAAGGAAUUCUUCAGAUUGAUGGCUACUGACUUAAAAUCUGCAUAGGAGAAGAGAGCAUGACAUACCAAAUGAAACAAGGGGAGCAAAAAAUGGAAGCACUACUAACAUUCCUGGAUUUUAACUCUGAAUGGUUCUUUUGAAGUAACCAGUGAUCUUCUUUGCUUACCUCAUUAACCGAAUGGAUGAAGACAGAAUUGACACUGCUUUUUUGAGUGGAGAAUAAAAAUGCACAAAACAAAGAAGCAGUAGCUCUGACCUGUUUGAUUCAAUGUGUUUUCUAAAAUAAAAACACCACAAACUGGAAA